CAGUGUGGCAGCCGAAAUGUGCAACUUUGUUGAAGCAAUUUUAUCGUUUUUCAUCCUUUACUGCAGCAUUAUUAAAUGUGAAGUACAACCACCAUUAAAGGUAGCCUUCUUCUUCAGCCAUCCCAGGCCUUUAAUGUUGAUGUGUUGGAUGCCAGAAAGUUGUCAGGCCCUUCAGAUGUUCAGUUUGGCACCUCCAUUCAACAGUACUCCAACUCUGAUGGGCAAUGGUUGCUGGUCGGGUCACCAUGGAGUGGUUCUCCUGACAAUCGCAUAGGAGAUGUAUACAAAUGUCCUAUCAAUAGCAACAGUGCAACUUGCGAAAAACUCAACUUGGGAAAUAUAAUGACUAUUCCAAAUGUGACCGAAUACAAACAGGACAUGAAUGCUGGUUCCACACUGAUCAGAAAUGACAAAACUGGUGGAUUUUUGACUUGCGCUCCGUUAUGGGCACAGAAGUGUGGCACCAUGAAUUAUCCAAGAGGGUUGUGUGCAGAUAUAAAUUCAAACUUCAAAAUAUCAAAAGCCUUUUCACCAGCUGUUCAACGUUGUGGGUCCUACAUGGAUCUUGUGAUAGUACUGGAUGGAUCCAACAGUAUCUGGCCUUGGGGACCAGUCCAAGAUUUCCUGAAAAAAUUAACAGGAAGUUUAGAUAUUGGCCCUAAAAAAACACAGGUAUCUAUUGUACAAUAUGGUGAAGAUGCGAGAUUUGAAUUCAAGCUGAACGCUUUCAAAACAACGGCUGAAGCUGAACAGUUUGCUGAAAACAUCAAACAAAAGCAAGGAAGAGAAACAAACACAGCUCAAGGAAUCAACUUCGCAAGGGAAAAUGCAUUCUCACCUCAAAAUGGUGGAAGACCAAAAGCGACAAAGGUAAUGGUUGUUGUAACUGAUGGUGAAUCUCACGACAGGGCCAAGUUGCCAGAAGCAAUUCUUGAAUGUGAGAAAGAACGCAUUGUUCGAUUUGGGAUUGCUGUUCUUGGAUAUUACAACAGAGAACAAAUAAACCCAGAAAACUUAAUCAAGGAAAUCAAGUCCAUUGCAAGUGAUCCAAAAGAGAAGCAUUUUUUUAAUGUAUCCUCGGAAGCUGCUUUAAUAGAAAUAGCUAGUACUCUCAAAGAACGUAUCAUUGGUAUUGAAGGGACAAGCAAUAAAAAUGAAGAUAACUUCCUACUGGAAAUGGCACAAGUUGGAUUCAGUGCACACUUUGUACCCAGCCAGGAUGUGCUGAUGUUGGGAGCUGUAGGAGCUUAUGACUGGGCAGGCACAACAGUCCAUAAAUCAUCUGACAAAAUUACUAUAUUUGAAAAGAAAGUUUUUCAAGAUAUUCUGCAAGAUAGAAAUGACAGUUCAUACUUAGGUAAGCUUUAAUUUUAUCCCACUCAC